GUGGGGCCGGGGCCGGGGCCACCUCUGCUGCUGCACCGGGCACCUGGCGAGGUGCUGCCCGCUCCGGCUCGCCAUGUCCGGAAAGCCCAAGGUGUACCAAGGCGUGAGGGUGAAGAUCACAGUCAAGGAGUUGCUGCAGCAGAGGAGAGCACGACAAGCAGCCACUGGUUCAGCAGUUCCUUGGGACAGCAGCAGCAGCAGCAGCAUCCAGUUCGCAGAGUCUGUGUCUCCGCCUCACCCAGAACCUUUUGAAGCAGAACCCAUCCCUCCUGUGCCCAGCUGCUGCCCGUCCUGGCAGUUUUCCAGCUGCCUCUCCUGUGAGGAAAGCCCUGGAUACCUGGAGCAGCUGAUAGAUUCCUGCCUGCAGUCGGAUGCACCCUCUGAGCCAGCCUUCAGUGCCCUCCAGCCAUCCCCACACUACACCCCUGACACCUUCCAGCCAGUCCAGCUCUGCUUCAACCAGGGCCUGGCUGCCAGCUCUCCCAGCCCAGCCGACCUGCCCAGCCCGUGGAACUCGAGCUGCUCUCCCCCUCAGCUGUCUCCCCUCACCCCGCUGACCCCCAGCCCGCCCUACAGCUGUCCCAUGGAGGAGUGGCCCUGCCACCCGCCGUGUCCCCUGCCCAGCCCCGCCUGCUGCUGCACGGCCUGUGGCUCGCAGGGCAGGGACAGCCGGGGCCAGCAGUGCUUCCCCUGCCCCAGCACGGACUGCGUGGAAUUCCUGCCACCCCUGGCCGUGCCCGAGGACUUCUUCAGGAGGGACAGGAGCUGUGACAUUUGCUACAGCUAAUGGGGGCUGUGGUUUCACACAUCCACUCUAUCCAAAGCAGAUUAAAUUGCCCAUGAACUAUGCAAAGUCGUGCUGCCUAACACAGCCCAGUUUAUUCUUCACUACUUACACUUUUUUUACAAGAUGCUGUCACUACAUUGAUCUAAGGUCAGGGGUGUUUUGUUGGUGGUGUGGUGGUUUGGUGGGGUUUUUUCCCUGUUUAUUUUUUCAUUGUUGCUGUUUUUUAAAAUAAAUCUGAAGCUGCCUUAUCAAACACUUGUCAUUAAACCA